AUGUCCCCCGCUGCUGCCCCUUUCUUGGAAGCCUUAGUCGCACGUCGUACCAUCUACGCUCUAAAGCCAGAGCUGCCCUCUGGUGUUGAACUGAAGGACGUCAAAGAUAUAGUUCAGACUAUCAUUAAACACACCCCAACAAGUUUCAACACUCAAGGGAACCGCGCAGUUAUCUUGACGGGAGAAAGCCACAGGAAAGUGUGGGACCACGUCUACAACUCAAUUCCCAUUGAAAACUUCAAAAAGAGGCCACUUUCCGCUAGAGAUGAAGCGUUCGGCACGGUCGUAUUCAUGGUGAACAACCAGCAGACAAAGGAGAUGCAACAAAAUUUCCCGGCGUGGGCCGAUCUUUUUCCUGAGUUUGUUGCACACUCUUCGGGAUCUGCCCAAAUUUCGGCCUGGACUGCCCUGGAGAAAAUUGGUCUCGGGGCUCACCUGCAGCACUUCAACGAGCUCGUGGCUUCCGCGUUACCUGAAGACGCUAUAAAGGAAGAAUGGGUUGUCCAAGGCCAGUUGGUGUUCGGAUUACCUGACGCUCCCGCUGGAGAGAAGACCUUCAUUGAAAAUGAGGUCAAGGUGUUUGAGUAG